UAAAAGUAAAAGUUGGUCAAAGCCUGAGCUGCUGUGGACAAAAACGUUUCUCCUACAAACUGAGUUCAGGAUUUUCUUCUCAUCAACAGAUUGAUUCUGAGUUCAGAAAUGUCUUCUGGCAGCAACCUGCAGUCUAAAGAUCAGUUUCUCUGCUCCAUCUGUCUGGAUGUGUUCACUGAUCCAGUCAGCACACCAUGUGGACACAACUUCUGCAAGACCUGCAUCACUCAGCACUGGGAUACAAAUGGUCCCUACAAGUGUCCUCUGUGCAACGAGUGUUUCGCCUCCAGGCCUCAGCUGAGAGUCAACACUUUAGUCAAAGAGAUGGUUGAUCAGUUCAGAGGUGAAGCUCAGCAGGGAGCCAGCAGCAGCUCAGAGCAACAAGCUGCCAAACCAGGAGAAGUUCCCUGUGACGUCUGCACUGGACCCAAACUGAAGGCCCUGAAGUCCUGCAUGGUGUGUCUGCUCUCCUACUGCCAGACUCACCUGGAGCCUCACCUGACCGCUCCACGUCUCAAGAAACAUCAGCUGAUGGAGCCGGUGGAGAACCUGGAGGACAGGAUGUGUCUGCAGCACGAUAAACCUCUGGAGCUGUUCUGCAGGACCGACCAGACAUGCGUCUGCUCACUCUGUGUUUUAGACCACAAGAACCACAAGUUUGUUCCUCUGAGAGAAGAAUCUGAAGGAAAGAAGGCAGAGCUGAGGAAGACGGAGGCUGAAGUUCAGGAGAUGAUCCAGGAGAGACGACUGAAGAUCCAGGAGAUCAGAGAGUCGGUGAAGAUCAGUAGAGAUGCUGCAUACAGAGAGAAAGCUGGAGGUGUUCAGGUCUUCAUGGCUCUGAUGGAGUCUGCUGAGAGACGCCUGAAGGAGCUCCUCAAGGAGAUCCAAGACAAACAGGAAGCUGCAGAGAAACAGGCUGAAGGCUUCAUCACAGACCUGGAACAGGAGAUCUCUGAGCUGAAGAAGAGGAGCUCUGAGGUGAAGCAGCUCUCACAGGAUGAAGAUCACCUCCACCUCCUGCAGAGAUUCUCCUCCCUGAAAGAUGCUCCACCCACCAGGACCUGGACAGAGGUCAGAGUUCAUCCACCAUCAUAUAAGGGGACAGUGGGGAGAGCUGUGGCUCAGCUGCAGGAGGAGAUGAAGAUGAUGAUGGAGAAGUUGAUGGAGGCUGAGAUGAAGAGGAUCCAGCAGUUUGCUGUUGAUGUGACUCUGGAUCCUGAUUCGGCUCAUCGUGAACUCUUCCUGUCUGAUGAUGGAAAACAGGUGAAACAUGGAGAUAAAAGGAAGAAACUUCCAGACAAUCCAGAGAGAUUCUCUUACUGUGUUUCUGUUUUAGGACAGCAGAGUUUCUCUUCAGGCAGAUUUUACUUUGAGGUUCAGGUUAAAGGAAAGACUGAAUGGGAUUUAGGAGUGGCCAGAGAAUCCAUCAACAGGAAGGGAAACAUCAGACUGAAACCUCAGAACGGUUUCUGGACUAUUUUGUUGAGAAAUGGAAAUGAGUACAAAGCUGCUGCUGACUCUCCAGUCCAUCUCCGUCUCCAUCCUGGUCCUCAGAAGGUGGGGGUGUUUGUGGAUUAUGAGGAGGGUCUGGUCUCCUUCUAUGAUGCAGAUGCUGCAGCUCUGAUCUACUCCUUUACUGGCUGCUGCUUCACUCAGAAACUAUACCCAUACUUCAGUCCUUGUUUUAAUGAUGGAGGUAAAAACUCUGCUCCUCUGAUCAUCUGUCCUGUUAAUCAGGCUGAUCGUUGAUCUGAUGAUGAUGACGAAGAUGAUUUUAAGAUAUUGGAAACAUCCUCAGCAGUAAAUCUGAUAUUUUCUGCUUCUGAUUGUUAUAAAGUCAAAUCUAAUAGUUUA